AUGCCAAAGGAAAAAUAUGAGCCUCCGGACCCGCGCAGGUGCUACUCCAUCAUGGCGGCUGAUGAGGUGGCCAGCGGCAAGAAGUCCCAGUGGGCGGAGCUGGAGAUCUCCGGUCGCGUGCGCAGCCUGAGCAGUUCUCUGUGGACGUUCACCCACCUUACGGCGCUCCACAUACAGGACAACAACCUGAGCCGCCUGCCUCCCGACAUCGCCCGCCUGCCCCACCUCGUCUACCUGAACCUGUCCUCAAACAAGCUGCGCAGUCUGCCCGCCGAGAUGGGCAACAUGGUCUCUCUCAGGGAAUUGCUUUUAAACAACAAUCUUUUACGGGUCCUGCCUUAUGAACUUGGGAGGCUUUUCCAGCUUCAAAUUCUUGGACUUAAAGGAAACCCUCUGUCCCAGGACAUUUUAAAUCUCUACCAGGAGCAGGAUGGCACCAGGAAGCUGCUCAACUACAUGCUGGACAACCUGGCAGUUCACCCAGAGCAGCUCCCACAAAGGCCUUGGAUUACGCUGAAAGAUCGCGACCAAAUCAACUCCACAGCGGUGUUCUCUGUCAUGAGCUAUAACGUCUUGUGUGAUAAAUAUGCUACGCGUCAGCUUUACGGCUACUGUCCAUCCUGGGCCCUGAGCUGGGAGUACAGGAAGAAGGGAAUCAUGGAGGAGAUCACCCACUGUGACGCAGACAUCAUCAGCCUGCAGGAGGUGGAGACAGAGCAGUACUACACAUUCUUCCUGGAGACUCUGAAGGAGCGUGGAUACGAUGGAUAUUUCUGCCCUAAGUCACGAGCCAAACUGGUGUCUGAGCAGGAGCGCAAACACGUGGAUGGUUGUGCAGUGUUCUUCAAGACCGACAAGUUCACGAUGGUACAGAAACAUACAGUGGAGUUUAACCAGGUUGCAAUGGCAAACUCUGAAGGCUCCGAGGUCAUGCUGAACCGGGUUAUGACCAAAGACAACAUUGGAGUAGCAGUGCUGCUGGAGGUCAAGAAGGAUGUUUUCUCUGCAGGCCUGAAGCCGUCAACGGAGCGGCAGUUGAUCCUGGUGGCCAACGCGCACAUGCACUGGGACCCCGAAUUCUCUGACGUCAAGCUCAUCCAGACCAUGAUGUUUCUGUCUGAAUUAAAGAGCAUCCGGGAGCGGGCCUCUGUGACUUCUGAGGCUGGCUCCCCCCCAGACCCCUCCGCCAUCCCCAUUGUGCUCUGUGCUGACCUCAACUCACUGCCCGACUCAGGUGUGGUGGAAUACCUGAGUGAUGGAGGAGUCGCCGAUAACCACAAAGACUUCAAAGAGCUGCGCUACAGUGAUUGUUUGACCAACUUCAACUGCAACGGCACUGGAGGCGACGGCAGCAUCACUCACAGCUUCCAGCUGAAGAGUGCCUACGAGAGCCUCAUGCCCUUCACCAACUAUACUUACGACUUCAAGGGGGUGAUUGACUACAUCUUCAUGUCGCGGCCGCUGCUCUCGGUGCUGGGACUGCUGGGCCCUCUGGACUCUCAGUGGCUUCUGGACAAUAACAUCAUGGGCUGCCCUCACCCACACAUCCCCUCUGACCACUUCUGCCUGAUGGCCCAGCUUGAACUACGGCGCCCCCUGCCUUCCUCCAGCCUCAACGGUAUCCACACGCACAGGUAG